ACUGAAAACGACGAAGUUCCCUUCUUUGUACCCUUGCUGACUGAGCUGACCUGAAGCUGCGGCAACAGAAAUAACCGCGCAAUGAUCGUCGGAGACGCCGAGAAGAUGGUGGCGGUGGGCCUUGUCUGGGGCGCCACCAACGCCCUCAUGCGCCGCGGUGCCGUCCUCUGGGACCGCCAGCUGAAGUCCCUCGAAUCUUCACCGCCGCCGUCGAAUCGCCUCCAAAAGCUCGUCGCUUCACUCAGAAACUGGCUGAAUCUGCUCUUGAUUUGGCAGUAUUCGGUCCCGUUCCUCAUCAAUCUCUCCGCCUCCGCCACCUUCUUCGCCAUCCUGAGCCACACUCCCAUCUCUCUGACCGUCCCCGUCACCAAUGCCACGACUUUUGCCGCCACCGCCGUUUUCGGUGUCAUCCUUGGCGAAGAGACCCGUCUCGGUCACGCCCUGCUGGGAACCGCCAUCAUUGUUCUCGGUGUUUGGCUGUGCAUCAUAUAAUAUCAGAGAAGCAAUACUGGGGCUUCGAUGGAGCUCAGAAGUAUCAAACUAGCUGAUCAGAGGAUGCCAAAAAGAUAUCAAGUUUAGAAGUAAUUACCAGAAGUUUUGUCCAGGACGAGUUGAAGGUGAUUCCCCCAGUCCAGUGUCUGGGAGUGGUGAGCACCCCAGGUGAAGUAUGUGCUAUCGAUGAAAUUGGCCUCGACUCCAGUUUGGUCAAGAGCAAAUGCAGUGAAGAGGAGGGCAAGCACUAGAAUCCGGAAACUAGCCAUUUUUGAAAUGCUCGCUACUUCUUGCCCUUCUUCUGGUGUGUGAACUUAUUAUUGUUCUUCUUGAGAUGGGAUUCAUUUGGUUGCGUCUCUGGGGCCUUAUAUACCUGCAAAUAGGACCUAACUCCCAGGCAUGAACUUUGGUUUGACAAUUUUUUUUUUCUCUUUUUAAUCUUUUUAAUUCUUAAAAAUGGGGUUUUUUUUGUUUCUUAAUGCAUUGACCUUCUCAGGGUUUUUCAGAGUCUA